CCCAACAACAAAAUCCACAACAAUGGCACCCAAGAUUCUCAUCACCCGCAACGUCGGCCCCGAGGCCAUGGCCAAGCUCGAAGCGACCGACUUUGAGCUCAUCGUCAACCCCGUCGACGGGGAGCCUACCCGCGCGUGGGUGCUCGAGAAGGUCGCCGACCCCGAGGUGAUCGCCGCGUGCAUCAUGCACGGGCAGCCUAGCGACAAGGUUGACCGCGAGUUUCUGGACGCGGCGAGCCCCAACCUCAAGGUGGUCAGCACGUUCUCGGUCGGCUUUGACCACAUCGACGUGCCGUACGCCAACUCGAAGGGCAUCAAGAUCGGGCACACGCCCGGCGUCCUCUCCAACGCGGUGGCGGACACGACCGUCAUGCUCGUGCUCAUGACGAUGCGCCGCGUGGAAGAGGGCAUCCGCCUGAUCAAGGACAACGAGUGGCCCAACCUGCCGUGGGCGCCGUUCGUCAUGUGCGGGCCUGCGAUCGGGCACCCGAACCUCACCAUCGGCUUCCUGGGCUUUGGCCGCAUUAGCGAGUGUGUCGUCGAGCGCCUGCUCUCGUUCACCAGCAAAACCGCGCCCCCGACCAUCCUGUACUCCAACUCGCGUGCGCGCGACAACCAGGCCGCGAUCGACGCCGAGUUCUCGAGCAGGUUCGGGGUCAAGGUCGCGCGUGCGGACAAGGACGACGUGGCGGCCAAGAGCGACAUUGUGAUUGUUCUCUGCUCGCAGAGCCCUGCAACCAUCUACCUCGUCAACGCCGACUUCCUCAAGAAGAUGAAGAAGACGGCCGUGCUCGUCAACGCCGCGCGCGGGCCGAUUGUCAACUCCGAGGACCUCGCCGCUGCCCUCGACGCCGGAGAGAUCUUCGGCGCCGGCCUGGAUGUCAUCACGGGCGAGCCCAAGGUGUACGCCGACCAUCCCCUGGUCAAGCACCCCAAGUGUGUCGUCAUCCCCCACAUGGGCUCGGCAGACUACGACACGCGCAAUGCCAUGGCCGAUCUGUGUGUCAGCAACGCGAUUGCUGGUGCCACCGGCCAGCCGCUCAUCGCCGAGGUCAAGGUCUAGGCGUCCACGAGCGCAGCGAGUGGGCGGGCGCGCGCUACGGCGGGCGAGGCGCGGUGUAGAGUCGAAACACUCAGUACAUUAAUAGGAAUACGCAUUGUUGUGAUCA